AUGGACGGCAUCUUCCACGUGAACGGGAUUUCCGGGUUCCUUGCCGAAGACCCCGACUACGAAGCCCCUGACGACGCCACACCGGAGAACCUGCACCGGAUGGUCCGUGGUGACCCCGGUGGCACCGUAUUGACUCGCCGUGAUGAGGCCAUGUACUACACCGACUUCGCGGUGUUCGUAAUCGUAGAACCCAGUACCGACAAGAACAACAACAGCAACAGCGAGGCGGCCGGCGGCUCUCAGGGACACUCUGCAGGCCUGGCUCAGGAGCAGGUGCAGCGGGAGUUGGAAGCGAGCGGCCUGGACUUGGUCACGUUCCUGAAGUCUUGUGACGACCUCCCGAACGAGCGGACCCCUGUCGAAGGGAUCGUGUCCGUUACGGCAGACAUCGUGUGCCCCGAGCCCAAAGUGCGCGUGAUCGAGAUCACAGAGGGAGGCGGCAAUGUCCUGUUCGUCGCUGCCAACACCCUGUACACCAAGAACGACCGCUUCAACGUCCGGAAGGGCGAAAAGAUAAAGUUCCGGGCCCCGGCUCUCACGUUCGAGAGGGACCAGGUAGCCGUUGAGCGCUGUUUUGGUCUGGCAUAUCUCCCUAUGCUUCUUACGGCCGUUUUAAACGGACCGACUUUUUUGUCAAAAUUUUCGACAUUUGUCUUUCAAAAACUUGGAACCUGUGUGCAGUCAUUUCAAACGUGUGACAUGGACUUGUGCAACUUGUGUCAAAAAAAAUGACGCCGUCCGUGAGUUGUAGCGCUCACUUCGAGACAACACACACGACACAACACAAACCGCGGAAAACACGACACCAUGGAUACCGACAUGGAUAUCACGACCAGCCAGCGUGGCCGGCAGACCAAAACCCCGGCGAAAUUCCAGCAGACGGGCUCUCUCGGUGCCGCCGUAGGCGGCGGAGGCUUGCUCUCCAGCAAGAUAGUGCUGCUGCCUGGCAUCUCGGGGAACACUCAUGUUACCACGGGAGGCGCUGCCGCCAUCAACACUCAGAGCGAGGGUGGAGCAGGCCGCCGGCGAGGGGUGGCAACCACUGCUCCUACCCCCCCGGGAAAAGGAAAAAACAAAGCGGCGGACGCGAAGCAACAACUGCAAGCCAUCAUGGCGGACCGCCGUUUUUCGGACGACGCAGCAACAGCAGACAGCAUCGUCAACGUUGGCAACAGCGACGAUAGCAAUAGCGACAGCGACAGAUGACUCACACACAACCCUAGCU